CCCUAACCUCGUUUUCUUUGAUUUUACCCAUGCACUCUUUUCGUCUCCUCCGCAAUUCCUUCUCAAUGAGGGUCGCUGCUAUUCUUAGUGUAACUUGAUGCUCUUUCCCGGUAACGCUUACUAGCAUAGCACUAGCAUAGCCCUGCGCCGUUCCUACGUGUGCAAUCCUCUCACCAUCGUUCCGCUCUUCGUUCGAUUGUUACCUUGGCCGACUUGACUGGAUCAAUUCGGUUCUGUUCAACGUUGCAUCUUGCUGCGAAUACAUACCUAGGCUCUAGCCUCAAAAGGCCAAAAUCUCAUACAACGAGAUUUUCAUACAAUGGCUUCCGCGCAGGGACGUUCCAACUCGAGACCAUCUGCCGCCUCCCACCGGUCGACGCUGUCCUUGACCAAAACCGAGAUCACCAUUCAUGUCUAUGACCUCCUUCCGCCGGGAAGACUCUCCUCCGUUCUUUGGACCAUCGGCGCAGGUCUCCUCCAUUCGGGCGUCGUCAUCAACGGCAGAGAAUACGCCUACGGAGGCCACGACAGACCAGGGACGACGGGCGUAUACUGGACGCAACCCCAGACCGUCCCCCCAGGCGGCACCUUCCGCUGCGAGAUCCUCCACGGCUUCACCUUCGCCACGCAAUCCGAGAUCGAGGCCAUCCUCGACGCCAUCUCCCAGGAGUUCCUCGGCAUGACCUACAACCUCCUGACGCGCAACUGCAACCACUUCACACAGACCCUGUGCCAGAAGCUGACGGGCCAGCCGGGCCCCGCGUGGCUGAACCGCGCCGCGAGCAUCGGUGUGGCCCUGCCUUGCGUCGUGCCGCGCGAGUGGGUCGAACCGCCCGAGUACGACACGGCGGACGGGGCGUUGCUGGACGAUUUCGAUGGGCAGGAGGCGGCGCGUCCGCGAAGGUCGUCGUCGGCGCGGUUCCUUGCCGAAGAAUCAGCGGGAAGACGGGAGCAGGACGGGAACGAACUCUCCGAGUGGGAUAGCGACGAGGAGCGGCGGAAGGGAGGCAGCGGGAAAGGGAAACAAGUUGCGAGGGAUCAAGGUGGGAGGCCGCUGCCGGCUUCCGAGAGGGCACCUGUUCCAUAGGUACCCUUUUCUUUUCUAUUGGCGUGCUGGCGUUUUCGUUUUCCGGCGGGAUUGGGAUAGGUCAGUUGAGGACAUGCCUUAGGGACGAUACCUUCUAUUUGGGCUUUGAUGAUACCAAUACAUGCUUCUGCGAAUUUUUUCAGCCAUGAUCCGUAGUUUAUUGUACUACUACAACAGAACAGG